AUGCUAGAAUCGGACCAUCUAGAAGAAUCUAGAAACGACGCUUGCGAAGAGUAUAUAAGCGCACGUCGCAAGAAGUGGGAUCUUCGACCAGCGAAUUACCUACUCGUAGAAAAAGAACACGAUGUCAAAACUGUGUGGGUUAAACGUAGUUCAACUACGAGAAGAACUACAGAAACGAAGCCUUGUCACAAGGGCAACAAAGAAGUACUAGUAGCACGUCUGAGAAAAGCUCUCAUUGACGAAGGUAAGAACCCAGACGAAUUCAAGUUUGAUGGUGCUGACGAAGACAACGAAAUUAGCACAGGCACAACCGCUAAAAUGAUGGAACUUCUGCUUAGUAUGUCAACUGAAAUAAAACAACAGAUCAAGGAACAGUUCGAACAGAUCAAAGAACAGUCCGAACGACUGACAGAGGAGUUAAAACAGAUCAAAGAACAAUCAAGGAACAGUCCAAACGAGCAUAGAGACGAAACUGCCCUGGAUACGUUUAUCAAAGCCCUUCGUGAUUCGGAACUCAAGCAAUCCCUUCUCUUGUCAGAUAAACGAAAACUCAAGGAUGCCGUGGUUGUGAAACGCGAACCCCAACAGCAUGGUGUACCCCAAUGCUGGAUUUGUGGUGAAAAAGGCCAUCUACGUCGUGAUUGUAAACACCGCCUAAAAGAUAACUACUUCCGAAAUUGCGCGACAAGAUGGCGCAAAAGAAGAGAAGAUGAUCCUGUAUCACGAUCGGCCCCUUCGUUAGAAGGGGCGGAAAACUAA